CAGCGAGAACGGGCACGUCAAAAAAGAAAGGAAAAUGUGGACAGUUGGGACAAACUGAGGCGAGAGAAGGGACAUCGAAAUACAUACAUCGUACUCGUUGAGCUCGGUUGCCAGGCAAGUGUUAUUAUUUGACGUUCCCGGGCGAAUAUUUGCCAGUUUAAGGGUCGUUUCGAGGUUAACUCUCCCCCCUUGUUGUGUGGUGGUUCGCUGAGAGGAAACCGCUCGGCUAGCCAGCUGAAUUAGCUCGCUCGAGAUGGGGACGAGAGCAAGUCGCCUACAGGAAGACCCGGUUCCCUCUGCUUUCGGAAAAGAUGGCACAAAGCGGGAUUCCUAUAGGCGAGCCCGCUGCACCAGGCCCACCAGUCUCAUGGUCGACUUCUCGGGGAGCUUCGAGGACACGGAGGCCAACCGGAGCCGAUCGGAGGAGGGAAGCGACUCGGACCUGGGGCAGCAUGGGGCGAGCGCCGACGGCAGCCCCGCUGACCACCACAGCAUCCCCUCCAGCAUGAGCCAGGCGUCACCUGCGGACGACAACAACAGCGAGGGGAAACCCGAGGAGGACGGAAAUAUAAGCCCGGAGCCUCCCGUCGUGGCUGAACAUCAGUCCGGAGAGGAGACAGGCCGCACGCCCCACCGCACUUUUUCCGAGCGGCUGCCCGGGAAUCGGCACUCUUCCGCCCGCAGCGUGGGCGCAAGAUCCGCCCGGGUCCGAGGCACACACCAGCGGCCGGUGUCAGAGGCUUGGAUCGGCCUUUACCGUGUUAACAACCGCCAUGGCAAUAUCCGCUGUCCCUUCUGCUCGAAGCCUUUCCCGGGGGGUCGGAUCGAGGAUCACCUGUUGAGCUGCCUCACGUCUCCUCCCCUACCAUACAAUACGGAUGUGCUCAGUAAAGACAGCGGAGAGUGCUCCAUCUGUUUGGAGGAUCUGGUACAGGGAGAGACCAUCGCCAGGCUGGCUUGCCUCUGCGUCUACCAUAAGAGCUGCAUUGAUUCCUGGUCCAAGGUGAAACCCUGCUGCCCUGAACAUCCCUUUGAUUGACUCGCGGGUCACAUGUAUUCUGCACAGUGACCAACCCGACUCAGGAGACUACACUGAAUCCAAUAAAAUCCCAUUAAAAAUGUGUAAUUGAACAAAUAAAAGCCCACUGCCCUCUCAGAUGCAAACCGAUAUUUCAGUGGAGAACAGACGACCCUAAGAAGAAGCUCCUGUUAGCGACGCCCGGCGCGCUGUGCUUUGGAUCGGUCCAUUUGAACUUGGUCUAGAACAUUUCAAGCCAAAAACCCAACAGUAAAAAAACGGCCGCUUCAUCUCCAUCUAAUUUCUGGUCGAGACACUUGUUGGAACACAAGUGGAGGAAGUUACGGACUUUGCUUGAAUCUGCGGAACAUAUAUUUAAAAAAUAAAUGAAUAAAUCAUCCCAGAAGGAUGGAACUUGCCCCAGAAAGAUCUUGAACUUGAGGAGGAAGACACAAAAAGUUAACUGUGACUCUGGAUCCUCUCCUGUGUAUUUUUUCUCUCCCUCCAAACGGGAUUGGUCAUUUUAUCAAGUAUUUUGCAGAAAGAGUAUUGUUCCAUGUCAUACAUCGGAUGAAUGUUUUCUUUCCUCGGCGGACCCCAAAUGAACCAACCUCACACCGAAAAGCGCAAACUGUCUCCACAUUGCUUUACUUUGAACCAGCUGGAGGUUGAGGGCUUGUUUUUUUGGUGAAUGGUGGUCUGCCGUAAAUAGAUGUUUCCUUUUUUUUCUAUUACCUGUAAACAUUUCAGGGGAAGUUUGGGGGCUAAUUGUUUUUUGAGUAGGUCAGUUAUUUUGUAGGUGAUUAGUUAGCGCUGAGUUUAACGUGCUGCUACUUGCUGAGUGUUGAGGAAGGUUAUAGGUAUUUCAUAGGGCCAUAGUAGCGCUGGUGUUGGCACCAAUUUGAGCACUUUUGUCCUUCAAGGCUGAUUUAUUAUAUUUUUUUCCACAUCUUGGAUAAGGUUGCGUGUGUUCAAAUGAUGACCAGGGACAGGAAAUGUCCUGUGCAUGACUGUGACUUUAAGGAAGUGUGACUUUGUGUGAGUGUGUGUUUACUGUAAAUUGCCCAGAGGUCUGCUUCGUCAAGCGGGUUACCCCCUUUUUUUUUUUUUAUGCUAGUUUUUUGCUAACAUCCUGUUACAUGUGGCAUUGGUACGCAACAUGGCGGCUCACAUGGUCCCAUUAUAGUUUGAAUGCGGUUUGUUUUUUUCGUCCCACUACCCCCAUUGUCCCUCCUCAUUCUCAAACACUCUCUGGGGAUGUAGUCCGGAUUUUUUGGACCAAACCCCAAGCGGUGGUUGUGCCAUCUGGUUAUAGAUCAGGGAGGGAUAAAGGAACGGAUGGACUGAGGGAUGUAUUUUGGGGGCAUGUUUACACCAUGUGGCAUCUGCCUCUCUCCCAACACUGGAGGCUAUGGACAGCUGAUGGUUAAUUAUUACAUAACUAGCCCCCACCCCUUUCCCCUUCUUUUAUUUUAGGAUUUUAAAUAUACCCUCACAGUAUGAUUAUAAUUAUUGCUAAAUGUGUUAAAUGGCUUUUUUUUCCUUUGCCUUUUUUUCGUGUGUGUUGAUUGCCUUUGCCUGGUGAAGGGGUUCUUGUGCAAGCAAGUAUUUGUAGUGUUUUUUAGGGCUGAGCUGAGGUGGAAGCCCGACAGUAAGGCUGCUCAACCGAUGCUGUCUGAUACAGGUUGUACAUGGGCCAGGGGAAAGAACAAAAACAUGAAUUGAUUGCUUUUACUGCCUGUUUCACAUGUUUAAAUCUCUGCGCUCACAAGUGGUAUGGAUCAGUUAAGAGGUCACAGGUUUCCUACUGACUAGUUUGUUCACCCCAGUUGCUCUCACGCUGUUUUUUCCCCCUGAUAUUUUGCAGUCAGAGGUGCUACGAGUUGUCUGGCCACUAGAGGGCAGCCCUGUGCAUGUUUUUUUUGUAUUGGAGAGUAGAAAAAUGAUGCCAAAAGUCUGUCUGUGCGUUUUAUUUUAGGUAGGGAGGGGGGGCAUAGUGUGAGAGAGUGCAGAAGACGAGAGGUGCAUUGAUCAUUAGGUGUUACAUUUGUUGUGGUGAUAAGUUAUGAUGUUGUAUACUUUGGCUGGGAGGGGUGGGGGGGUGUUUGUGUGUGUGUUGGGAGGGGGGGUGGUGUUUGGGUUGUCGAUAAAGAUAAUAGACAAUCUGAAAACCCCACAUUGCUCUCAUUUAAUUUUUUACCCCCCCUGUAAGCUGUGUGGUGCAAUACCUCAAUCUUUACCAAUGCUAACUAAACGCUCUGUGUGUGUAAACUAGCUCCUCUACAACCAAGGACGGUAUUUUGUAUAAAUGUCCCUAAAUCCUUGGGGUUUUGAAUCGCAGGGCAGUCAUCCCCUGUCUGCCCCGGGCUUCGAUGUAUUAGAUGAGAAUGUCUUUCAAAGAGUCACCACAGCAGUAUCUGCACCCCCCCGAGAUAGAUAAUGGACAAUCUGCCUUUACUCUGGUAUAGAAAAACAAAAAUUGAAUUUUAUUUAUUAAAUUGUAAAUAUGUAAUGCAAUUCAAGAAAAUGGCUUGGUCUUUGUCUGUUCGAUAUACUGUUUCUAAGCUCCAAUCUUUUGUAUGUCUCAGAAAUUGUUUUUAUAUGUAUUUUUUACAAUAAAUAUGUGUGAGAGA